AUGUACUGGAUCACUUUCGUUUUCCUGGUCCAAGUAUUGUACGUCGGUAGCAUAUUAGCGGUUCCCAUCUGGCCAACUUCCAUUGACGAACUGGAGGAUAUCAUGUUCCUCAACACAGGCUACAGAGCUCGUGGCUUCGCAAAAGCCGUAACACCUUGCUCCGCCGGAGCUGGAGCCGGACGCGUAGCAGCAGCGGAGUUCGUUCGGACGGCCUUCCACGACAUGGCGAACGCAAACGUAUAUUUCCACACCGGAGGCCUGGACGCAUCAAUCGCAUAUGAAACCAACAGACUUGAAAACGUUGGGCAAGCAUUCACUACAACACUCGCAACCUACGAGCCUUUCCUCACUUCAAGAUCAUCGAUGGCCGACAUCAUUUCCAUGGGCGUCUAUACAGCCGUACGUUCUUGUGGUGGCCCCGUGAUUUCUGUCCGAACUGGGAGGAUAGAUGCCAAAGCCGCGGGCACAUCCGGCCAAGUGCCGCUACCCCAAAACGCGAUCGGGAUCUUUAUAAGCCAGUUCGAACGCAUUGGUUUCAACCAGACAGAAAUGAUUUCUCUUGUCGCCUGCGGGCAUACCCUUGGUGGCGUCCAUGCUGGCAACUUUCCGGAAGUUGUACCAGUUGGCACCGCAGCAGAUGAGUUUGCACAGUUUGAUACCGGCGAUGCGUUCGACACGAAUGUUGUGAAAGAGUAUCUUUCCAGUUCUACAGCCAACCCAUUAGUUAUUGGCCCUUCUACGACAAACGGGCGGAACUCCGAUGCGCGCGUCUUUGCGUCAGAUGGAAAUGUUACCAUAACAGCCAUGGUGGAUCCAGAGACUUUCCAGAGCGUCUGCGCGUCCAUGCUACAGAGAAUGAUCGAUGUCGUGCCGACAGGCGUGGCGCUUACAGAUCCAAUCACGCCGUACGAAGUCAAGCCAAACGACCUUCGGUUGGCUUUAAUUUCUGGAGGCGAUACUAUCUCUUUUACUGGUGAAAUCCGUGUCCGGACUACUUCCCGCUCUGUCUCAAGCGUCCAAUUAGUGUACAAAGACCGCGACGGAGGCAACGACUGCGGGAGCUGCUUGAUCAGUACAGAGCUUAAGGGCAAUGCUGCCGGAUUUGACGAUAGUUUUGCGUUUUACGGCUUUUCGGCUGAAAUACUUUCCAGCUCUUCGAUAUCAGCGUUCGACGUGGAGCUUACACUCUCCAGCGGAGAGACUGAGGCUUUCAACAAUGGGGGGGAUAGUUUUCCCGUUCAAGACGAGGUUUUACUGCAGCACUCGCAAAGCUGUCUCAGCACCGACUCUAGCCUGCACGUCGUUGCUGCUGUCCGCAACAGUGUUUCUGCCACAGUCAACUUGGAUCUUACUUUGAAAGUUCCAGCUUCCGGCUCGGUCAUUCCAGUCCUUCAAGCGGAAACAGUGACGAUGGAGAAGGUCUCAACGAUCGGACCAUACGACCUUUAUACUGCUAGUUACGCCCUGGAUCCCACUUUUUCCAAAUCCACAAGAUUUGGUAUAACAGCUGGUUCCAGUGUGGAUAGCUUCAACAGCGCAGGAGACCUAUUAAGUAUUUGUUCUGAUUCGGAACCAGAACCACCGACUUCGAGCAUGUCAACUUCUACAUCUUCCCUUAUCUCGUCAACAACUUCCGCAAUUUCCACUCUUGUGUCAUCGAGUACAUCGCAAACAAGCUCGGAGGAGGUACCAUCUCCGACCUCAACAGCCUACUCCUAUGAAGGUUGCUACACAGACUCCGUCUCAUCACGCACAUUCAACGACGCAGUCUUCUACGACAGCAACAUGACCAUCUCGAAAUGCUCAGAACAGUGCACAAAAUGGGCUUACUUCGGUGUCGAGUAUGGCGAGGAAUGUUACUGCGGAGCAAUAUUUGCCAGCAGCUCAACCAAGGCCUCCGAAAGUGAAUGCAACUUACCCUGCCCUGGGAACAGCGUCGAAAAGUGCGGUGCCGGGGACAGACUAAGUGCUUAUAAGAAUCUGCUCUUAGUGGAUGUGACGAAUCCAGUUAUCCCAGGAUACGCAUACCAGGGUUGUUACAACGACUCGGCUUCGGACAGGGUUCUCGUUGGAAGCUCAACACAGGCUGAUUCACUGACGGUGGAAGGCUGUGCGAGUUUCUGUAAUGCAGCGGCAUACUUUGGUGUUGAGUACGGACGGGAAUGCUAUUGUGGCAGUGAGCUAAAGGCGAGCGCGGUCAAGCAGGCAGAGGGGGAUUGCUCUAUUAUGUGCGCUGGUGAUACGGCGGAGUAUUGUGGAGCUGCGGACAGGAUUGGUGUGUAUAGGAAAGAAGGAUCAGACUGA